GCCACGCGGCAGCAGCGGCAGAGUUUUCCAGUUCCCGUUCUGUUUUCGUUCAAUUUCAUUUUUUCGUCCGCGGUUAGCUUAGCUGUGUUGCUAACAUGCCUCUGUUCGUGACCGACUACACGUGGACGCAAACGGACACGACGGUGCGCGUGCACGUGCCGCUGAAAGGAGCCAAAGCAGCGAGGGUGGACGUGGUGUCCACAGAUCAGUACCUGAAGGUUCAUUUUCCUCCGUUCCUGUUCGAAGUGUUUCUCUUUGAAGCUGUCGACGACGGCAGGAGCUCAGUGAACAUCGGAAACGGAGUCGCCAUCUUUAGUUUGAUGAAGAAAACCGAGAAAACCUGGGACCAUCUGAUGUUGACGUCAUGUGAUAAAGAAGCAAAGCGCCAGAUGAGAGAGCGAGCUCUGCACAAACACCACGAGAAGCUCACAGCGCUGUCCAUGUCCAACAUGGAGACACAGAGAGCCCUGAAGACAUUUCUGCUGGAGACAAUGAUGAAGCUGGAACGUGAGGGCGCUGACAGAGUUCAGAAGAUGAAGGACACGGAGCGCGAGAAGACGAUGGCCGAGCUGGAGGCGUGGCAGCAAACACGCAAACAAACAGCAGGAGAAGAAGAAAACAACACCAACAACGACAAGGACCCGACAGAGAGGACAGGAAGUGGAAACAUGCAACCGGGUGAAACAGGAAGUGCAGCAGCAAAGUGCAAGAAAAAAGAGGCGGAGCUUCCAGCUCCAAGAUGGGCGGGACACAUUGGAGUGACGUUUACGCCUCGGGUUUUUCCAACAGCUCUACGAGAAUCACGAGUGCAGGAGGAAGAGGAAUGGCUGAGGAAACAGGCUGAGACUCGUCGUUCAUUCAGAACUCAACAGGAAGUGGAGGAUGUGAACGAGGAGCAGCAGAAUCCUGAUUGGCUGAAGGACAAAGGAGGUCGAUGUUUUGCAGCAGGAGAUUAUCUGAGCGCAGUCAAUGCCUACAGCACCGCCAUCAGGUUGAACCCAAGCAUGGCGGCGCUGUUCUCCAACAGAGCAGUGUGUCACCUGAAACUGAGGAACCUGCACAAGAGCAUCGAGGACUCCUCCCAGGCUCUUCACCUGAUGACUCCUCCUGUUCCUGCAAACGCAGCGUCUAGAGCCAAAGCUCAUGUUCGUCGAGGAGCAGCGUUCUGUGAGCUGCAGCUCUACGACCAAGGUCUACAGGAUUACGAGGCUGCUCUGAAGAUUCACCCUGAUAUUGAAGAUCUGCACAGAGACACACAGACCAUACGAGACAUGAUGGAAGGACAUGUCACACACACACACCAUAAAGUGAUGUGACAACAAAUCUAUCAUGUUUGUGUAGUACAUGUAUAGUAUGUGUGUGUGUACUCUACAGAUUUUAAAAACCGUGAACACUACAUAGUUGCUGAGGUGCAGAGCGCCCUCAUGUGGCCAACAGUGAAAUGUUUACUGUUGAUGAGAAAUGUUUGAAAAGUUUCUUUUUAAAGAAAAUUUAAAAUAAAUCAAUAAACAUUUUUGAAUG